AUGUCGCCCUUUGUGUCACACCUCACUCUUAGGACGAUAUCGAAGUAUAAUCCCGUCGUCGACCCGAUCUUUGGCCGUACAUGCAUCCCGAAGGCGCUGUUCACGGCGCGGACAAUCGGCAUUCACGUAUAUCACCGCGUCUCACUCGUCCUCGCCGACACAACCGUGCUCGUCCUGACCUGGAUGAAAACGUUUAGACACUGGAGGGAAGCGCGCCGCAUCAUCAGAGCGUCGCUGGCGACGUGUCUGCUGCGUGACGGCACUAUCUAUUUCAUGUGA